AUGUUCGCCUCCUGGCUCAACCGCCGCCGGAGGAGGUACCUGCUGCUGAUCCUCUGCGGCCCCCUCCUCAUACCGCUGAUAUUCGCCGCGUGCCCCUUCAUCUGCGCCGCCGAGAUUUGGUACCUCGCGCGCCGGAGGCGGCGUAGGCGGUCGGGCGCGUGCGGCGGGGGUCGGAGGGGAAGAUCCGGCGGCGGCGCUUGCGAGGCGGGGCUGAUGCAGAGGUACCUGGAGGAUCAGAUGAUGCUGGUCGUCGGAUCGGUUUGUGAGUGCGGGGAAGACGAUCGGAGCGUGGAGGAAGGGGAUGGGGUCGAUGUGAAAUAUCUCGACAGUGCAAGGCCUGUUUUGCAAUAA